AUGCUAAUUCGCCUUCUUGAUUUUGUUUUUGAUUUUGAUUUCUUUUUGCAGCAGAAGGUAGUGAUUAAGGUGAGCAUGAACGCCUCCAGCUCGAGAUUUUAUUGUUUCGGCCCCAAAAGCUCUCGCUGCAAAGCUAUGAGAGUUGCGACUGGCUUUGAAGGAGUUCAAUCCGUGGCGCUGGUGGGAGACGACAAGGACCGGCUCGAGGUGAUCGGAGAAAGGGUCGAUCCGGUCAAGCUCACCACUUUGCUCAGGAAGAAUGUGGGGUCCGCGGAGAUAGUGACCGUGAGCGUGGUCGACGCGAAAGGCAAGAAAGAAAGCGAGAGCAAGGACAAGGUGGCACAGCCCAUUAUGUACGUCGGAGGAGUCCCGCACCGCGAAAUCGCCUACGUCGUCGAUCCAUACCCAUGUUACACUCAACCCUCAUGCUCGAUCAUGUAGGAUCGACAAGGAUUGACGAUGAUGACUUAUACAAAUGUACACCGCCGAUGGUUUUUUUAAAUUUUGUCAUGCAGACAGCUUCGAAAAAUGAAUCAGAUCCGUUGCGCAUUUUCAUUGAGAUUGAACUUUGUGAUCUUGCUAUGACCAAGACUACUGCUCUCUGAAUUUUGGCUAGUUGGAGACUCCAAUUCGAAUUUUCUCCCAGUGAUUGCAAUUUCUUAGGGAAUCAAUCUAUGGCAAAAUUGUUCUCCGUCAAUGUUUAGUGAUGCUCGUGAGUUUCGAGCUUGAAAUGCAUUAAUACUACAUGACUUUCGGGCGA